AUGCAGAGCUCGACGUUCACCGUGGCGCCGCACGUGCUGGAGCAGGCGUACAAGGCCAUCCGCACGACGCCGCCCGAGCCCAAGGACCUGGAGCAGUCGGCCAAGCUGCAGAGCUUCAUGGACGAGCACUUCCCCACCGAGUCGGACGCCAACAUCACGCGCCGCUCGCUGAUCCUGGCCGAGCUGCGCUCCAUCUUCCGCCAGUGGGUCAAGCAGGUGUGCAUGGACAAGGGCGUGCCCGAGGAGAUGGCGGCCGACGCCGGCGGCCAGAUCCUCGUCUCGGGAUCGUACCGACUCGGAGUGAACGAACCGGGUGCGGAUAUCGACACCAUCUGCGUGGCGCCGCGCCACGUGACGCGCGAGGACUUUUUCUCGUCGCUCAAGGAGAUCUUCCUGCAGCACCCCAAGGUGUCGAACCUCGUGGCCAUUGAGGGCGCCAUCGUGCCCAUCCUGACGUUCGACUACGAGGAGAUCAACAUCGAUCUGCAGAUCGCCAUCCUGCCGCGCAACUCCAUCCCGGAGAACCUCAACAUCCUGGACGACCACGUGCUGGUCGGCGUGGACCCGGCCACGGAGAAGAGUCUCAACGGCCCGCGCGUGACCGAGCUCAUGAUCAAGCUCACGCCCAACCGAGAGAGCUUCAUCAGCGUGCUGCGGAUUGUCCGACGCUGGGCCAAGCGCAGAGGACUCUACUCGAACAAGAUGGGAUACCUCGGCGGUGUCAACUGGUGCAUCUUGGUGUGCUUCAUCAAUCAGCUGUACCCGACUGCGGCGCCAUCGACGCUUCUGCUGAGGUUCUUCAUGGUUCUCAACAACUGGAAGUGGCCGCUCGCCAUCCAGCUCUGCAAAACCCACGACGCGAACUUGGGACUCGAGGUCUGGAACGCCAACGCGGGUCACAACCGGUACCAAGUGAUGCCGAUCCUGACGCCGGCGUACCCGUCGAUGAAUUCCUCGUUCAACGUCUCGACGCACAGUUUGACGGUGAUGAAGGAGGAGUUCAAGCGUGGCUUGACCAUUGUGCAGGAUGUGCUCAGCAAGGGCGGCUCGGAGUGGGGACCUCUGUUUGAACCUUCGGACUUUUUCGCCGUCCACCAACACUACCUCGCAGUCGAGGUGUACACGGAGAAGCAAGAGGAGGAGGCGGCCUGGUGCGGCUUCUGUGAGUCGCGUAUGCGUAAACUGGUGGAGUCUCUGGCGUAUAACCCGGCACUCUGCCGCCUUCGUGCCUACACGAAAAAGUUCCCGCUGAGUUUCGUGACGGGAGGCGAGGCUCCUGCUGGUGAGCAGCCGAAUGGCGCAGCGCUGGCGCAGCCUAGCAAGUUUGGUGUGUGCUUUUACGUGGGCUUCGACAUUGAUCGCCGCCAGCUGCGUAGCCGUGAAGUGAGCAUCGACAACUCUGUGGAGUACUUCAAGAACAACGAUCUGUACCGCUGGAACAAGCGAACUCCGACCAUGGACGUGCGUGUGACCCCGGUCGUGUGGAAAGCGCUGCCUGAAAGUGUGUUCGAGGAUAUGGGUGGCCGUGCUGUCGCUCGCGUGGCUCGUCGUGAAUUCAUGAAGAAGAAGAAGGAAGACGAAAAGAAAGCCGAGGAAGCUGCGGCACCGAGCCCUUCGCCUUCGGGCGAUGAGGGUACACACUCUCAAGAAGACGGUGACGAGUUGAGCUGCAGUCAAAAGGCAGCAUCGCUGGCAAACGACAUGGCCAACGGUAAGGGCAGCAUCUCACAGCCUGGAAGCCCUGACCCCGCAGCUGACGGUGCCGAGGUGACGAACGGCACUGAGUCGGUCAACAAUACUCCGGUCAAGCCGAAGAAGGUGGUGUCUUCGGGGUCACCAGAAAUGACAGGUAAGCGUGAUCGCGAUGGAAAAGCACUGGCGGGAGCUGGCAGUCCGGACGUGAAACCGUUGGGUGCUGCUCUCAAUUCCGCCAGUACGUCGACGAAUGGUGCGGCGACUCGAGGGAUGGCUUCACCUCCCGUGAAGGUGGUGAAGAAGCCCCUGGAGAUGGCAGCGGCUCCCCCUGCCGUGUCGUCGCCGCGCAAGAGACGUAAAAUGAAAAUCACUUUUGCCAAACUGAAUUGA